AUGACAACCUUCGGAGACUCCUCAUCCUCUCGGCAUCUCCAGCCACUCGACCUCCACGUCCCCCACGGCUGGUGGCCUCCAUGGUCCCGGUGGCCCGUGCCUAGCAGCCCCGCGACCGGCGGCCUUGACAGCCCUGGUGGCCCCUGCCCGGUAGCCCCUCGACCGGCGGCCUUGAUGGCCCUGGUGGCCCGUGCCUGGCAGCACCACAACCGGGGUCCCCGUGCCUGGUGGCACGUCUCUCGAUUCAGAAAGCUUGCAUGGCGGCACCCCUGGGCAACCCCGGCAGCCCAGCGCAGCAUCCUUCGAACCCGCCACUGCAUCCUGAACCAUCGACGUUGUGAUCGCGGAACUUGGCUCCACGGAAGGAGCAGACAACGGCAGCAAAGCAUCGGUGCGGCGAGGGAUGGAGCUGAGGAAGCGAGUUCCAAGUACGAGACGCCUAUGGAAGUGUUCAACACAUCAAAAAAGCUCAAGGAGUUAGAGAAUGAGACUAUCCCAAAGCUGAAGCAGACGCUUGGUGUCGUGGAGGAGCAGACGGUGCUCAGAGCAGCCGAAUACAAAGGGUCUCAAAACAAUCUGAAGAUACUGGACAGCAUGAAGAAGGAUCUCAAGUCUGCCUUGUAUGAAGCCGAAGACAUCCUAGAUCUUCUCGAUUAUCGCCGGAUCGAGAAGGAUCUCCAUCUUGGGGAUGAUGACAGCCGCUGGGUGGAGAACCAACUCGGUGCUGCUUGCACCUGGAUUGCCCGCUGCAAGGAGAGUUCCUUUGGGCGAUGGAUACAUGUCACCCUCGCAGCGGUAAUGAAGAGGGCACAAAGCAUGACCCGGCAGGGGCAGUUCCUGAUUCAAGGGUGGCGGCACUCGAGGCAGAACUUUGACCUAUUUUGCAUGUGUAGAGACAUAAAGAUCGCGGGUGCUGCAGUACUGCAGUGUGCACAGAGCUGGUACCAACAGCUGGGGCAACUAUUCAGAUGCAUUAUACUACGCAGAUCCGGUGCACUUCUUCCAGUUUCUCGUCUAGCGCCGCAACCCCCAUGUCUUGAGUCCAGAGGCUCUGUGUUUGUUCCAGUGGAACCAACACGUAGGCCAGCAGAGGAGCUGGUGGAUGACGAAGAAAUAGUGGAGGAGACACAAGUGGUGGAAGGAGAGGCAGCGGAGGGGAUACAAGAUGGAGAAGAUGGAGCAAUGUCUGAGAAGAUAGAAGAAGAAAGUUCUGAAGGAGGAGAAGUGGGAGAGACAUCGUCUGAGGAAGAGAUAGAAGAAGAUGAUGUGGAAAGAAAAGAGGGAGAGCCAACUUCUUUGUCAAUUUUCCAGUACUGUGCUCGACCUAUGCUGACAUUGUUUGCAAAGCUAUGUUUUUAUCGAGAUUGGUCAUAUGGAAUUUUUGGAAUCAAAAGUGACAAGGAGGAUGGCAGUGCAGCAGAAUUAGUGCCCAUUACUGAAAGAAUAAGUCUGAGGAAUCGAAUAAAACACAUAGAAGAUAUUCUCUCUGCCUUGAAGAAAUCAGAUAUGUUGAAUGAUACGAAUAGUAGCAGUGGCACCACCACGGAUGCAGACAACGAAAGAAGCAGCUUCACUGUCAAGAACACUGCCAAAGAAAGCAGCAGCAACAAGAAAAAAAUUGACAAGUUGUACAUAAAUAUUGAUAAGAUAGUGUUCGGUCGAGACAAGGACCGUGCCCAUAUAUGUAGGAUGCUUCGUGUAGGACAACAUACCUAUGCAGCAAGCUCCAGCACCAGUAAACCUUACUCUGUGAUUGGCAUAUAUGGCAUUACAGGUUCUGGGAAGAGUACCCUGGCACAAUAUGUUUGUGACUAUGAGAAGAAGGCAGGACAUUUCGACCCUGUCAUGUUCAUUCAUGUGGGGAAGACAUUCAGCAUGGAUCUUAUAUUUCGUGAUAUGCUUGAGCAGAUCACGAAGAGCCAGCCCUCUAAAGACAAUGAUCUUGAAAGUCUAAAAGCAAAGUUGAAAAAAGAGCUGAAAGACAAAUGCUUCUUGUUAGUACUGGAUGAUGUCUGGGUCAACAGUGACAAUAUGAAGGAACGUCGGAUUCUACUUGAUGUGCUUCUUGUUGGGCAGAGUGGAAGCCGAAUCCUGGUGACAGCUCAAAAAAGAGAUGCAGCUGCAGCUUUAGGUGCUCAGGAGAAAAUGCAAAUCCCAAUACCUGAUUUAGAGGAGGAGCAGUACCUCUCAAUGUUCAUGCACUAUGCCCUAGAAGACAGUCAAGUCACAUGGAAUGAUUAUGAAAGAUAUAAAGCCAUCGGGAAAAAAAUUACAAAAAAGCUUCGUAGAUCACCCAUUGCAGCAAUAACAGUGGCAGCACGGCUUAAGAGCGAAAGCAGAAUUGAUUUCUGGGAAAGAACAUCAAACCUUGAUGUGUUGGAUGAAACAAUGGGAGCUCUUUGGUGGAGCUAUCAGCAGCUUGGUGUUGACAUCAGGCGAUGCUUUACAUACUGCAGCAUUUUCCCCAAAGCAUAUAUAUUAGGACGGGAUGAGAUUGUUGACCUGUGGAUAGCACAAGGGUUUGUAAACACCAGGAGUAACGGAACAGAGGAACUGGAAGAUAUAGGACAGAGCUACUUUGAUGACUUACAGACAUUCUCAUUUCUGCAAGUACGACGAAGAACCAUUUUGGGCGAGGCAGUGGAUUUCACAAUUCAUGACCUGCUACAUGAGUUGGCAGAGAGGGUUUCUGGUAGUGAGUUCUAUAGAAUUGUUUCGAAUGGCUCACCAAAAGAAAUCCCGCGAGGGGUUCAUCAUCUCUUCAUUGAGACCAACAAUGCACCAGAGAUUGUUGAGAAAAUUUUGGACAUGGGAAAUUUGCGCACCCUUAUCAUUCAGGAGCCUAGGCUCACCAUGGGAAAAUAUCAUGACUUGGUAAAAGUCACGGAUCGUUUAUUCAUGAGUCUGAGGAAACUGCGGGUGCUGAUUGUUAGGCUACAGUAUUGGAGAAAAGAGUUGUCAGUCCCAGUAUCUAUUUAUCAGAUGAAGCAUCUACGUUAUCUCCGUCUUGCUUUCUUUGUUCGCCAUCUGAUUUUACCAAGCACAUUUAGCAAGCUUUACCAUAUCCAGACCAUAGAUAUUCCUUGCUCCAGAGCAUCCUAUCCUGAAAAUAUGGCUAAUCUAAACUAUUUGCGGCACAUCUCACCUUUACUUUCUUUCCCCAACAUUGGAAGGCUGACGUCACUCCACACAAUGGGAAGCUUCUUAGUGAAGGAGGCACAAGGAUAUGAGUUGAAGCAGCUGAUGCAUCUGAACAAACUUCGAGGCUCUCUAAUUAUACGGGGCCUUGAGGUUGUCGGAAGCAAAGAGGAAGCUCUUGAAGCCCACCUAUGCAACAAGAAGCGACUCAGAGAACUGGAUCUGAGGUUCAACUUGGGUAAGAGUUUUGGUCCAGACGUGGAAGCAGAGGUACUUGAGGGCCUUUGUCCCCCAAAGGAUCUUCAAGAGCUCACAAUCUGGUUCUACAACGGUUCAAGGUAUCCUAGCUGGGUGUUGAGUGGCCACCAUCCAGAUGCCCCAAAGCACCUGCACAAACUUGAACUCUGCAAUUGCAGCCAGCGGGCAGCUAUUCCUGAAGAUAGUGAACUCUUCAUUGGUCUGCGUGAGCUUCGCAUUAACUCUUGUGACUGGGACCGGUUGCCGGAAAAUAUGGAGUGCCUCGUGUCGCUCCAGUCACUGUGGAUUUGGAACUGCGAUAAGAUAGAGCUUCUUCCGACGCUGCCCCACCAGGCUCUUAAGACGAUUGAGAUCCGAUGGUGCCCCGUGCUCAGUAGAACCUGCAAAGAAGAGGGACACCCAAAUUGGGAUAUGAUCCAGCACAUUCCUGAGCAACGCAUUUGUUAA